UCUACUGAGCAACUGAAUUUGGCAUGUAAACUGAUCAAAGAUUGCCGAUUUUACACAAUAGAAAACAUAAUUUCUCUCGUAUUUUAUUUUCUGUGCGUAUGAUCAGCAUGUCAAGCUUCUAAAGGCACCAUAGUUGUUACCGAUUUUCGUAUAAUAGUUCUCAAUCACCAUGCCCAAAGUUGGGAGACGGAGCGACCAUGCCCUGCAUGACUACCUACGUAAGGACAAUCGCGUCCAGGCGAAUGCCCCGUUUGGGACAUUCUACACACCGAACAUUCGGAUGAAGAUUGUUGGCGGCCGGCCGGUGCAAGUUGUGGAGGGGGAACUCAUGCCUCAAGAAAUGUGUGAUACGCCUGUACCUAGGGCCCGACUACCUUUCUUUACAAGACCGCUCAAUCCAAUCCAAUGCACGCAGCCACCGCAGUCAGUUAACCCCACACCACGAGCCACAUUUGCCAGUCCUGAAGUCACGCAGCCUGAUCCACGUCUUAAUGCUGGUUAUUCAACUGCUCAAGCGGAUCGCUAUAAUUCUCAUCUUCAUCAACAGCCGCUCAACCCGCACUCUGUCUUGCCGCCGAUCUCAACAAGAUCGCCACCACCAGAGGCAGCACCUAUACACGCAUAUCACACACACGAAGUCACAUCAGACCCACUAUCCGAGUCACCCCGGUUGUACCGGCUGCUGCCCAGAGAUACGUACCUACCCCGAGAGCCCCUCUUCCUAAAGCGAGAUGAGGAGUUGCAAUUAUCGAGGAUACUUCGUGACGAAAUGUCGAAAGUCAACCCGAAUAAAGUAAAGGAUGUCUAUAUGGAUCUUCUAGGUUUAGAUAGGAAUAUGACUUGUUAUGUUUCAUAUCAGGAUCUCAGCUUAGCUUUCACAAAAAAUCAGGUUCACAUACCGCCCCAAUUAUUACGCCUCAUAGCUGCAUUAUAUGUGUCAACGCGGGAAUACGGUCUAGUCAACUACGAGAAGCUUAUCACAUUCAUCGGCGGGGCGGCAAAGAUGGCGGGACGAGACCAGUCGCCACCUGGGUAUAGACAAUCGUCACCUCCGUUCCACAACUCAAAACAAUCAAAUAACAAUAGUCCCAGUGAAAGUCUUCAAGAUCGACCUAACUAUUAUAACCAUCCCGAUUCCCCUUCACCCGGGGAAAGAGGUUCGAGCCCGAGACGAAGUCCUGUGCGAGACCGGGAUGAUGCAAAGUUAGUCCGCCUCAUUGAGCAGCAGUUCCUAGCAGCCCCAGACAGAGUUGAUAUCGACAAAAUACGAUCUGUUUUUGCCGAAGCUGACAGGACACAUAGAGGAACCUUGUCUAAGCAACAGAUCAAGCAGGUGGCAUUGCUGUGUCGGUUACCCCUCCAAGAUGCAAUCCUGGACCGUAUCAUCGAGCGAUGUGAGGACAGGGGCCUAGGCCAGUUUGAUUGGAUCCAAUUCGUUGAGUUCAUUGAGAGGAUUCAGCCAGCCUCCACAGGCCUUCGUAUUCCGACAAGUAAGAAACCUAGAGAGUUUGCCAAACAUUACCCCACCCCAGGCUCUAACUGGCCAAGAGCGGAGGGUGCCAGUGAUUCGCCAAGACAAAGAUCUCCUGAGAAAUCGCAGCAACAUUACAACACAUUGCAGUAUAACAUUCCAAGAGUUAAUUUUGACCAUGAUAAAAACCAGUUGAACAGCAUGGAGAAAGAAAUUCGAAAGCUGGAGGAACAAUAUCUGGAAAUGAAGGACAAAAUGCUCCAUGAGCCGAGGUAUGGGCCAAAAGGACAAGAUAUCCCACAGCCAAAGCCGGCAGAAAAAGCAGGUCGGGACAUCAAUGACAAACCUUGGUUUGAUCGAUUUCUGAAACUUGUGGAAGGGCUCUACAAGAACGAUGUUGACAACAAUGGUCGACUCCGCGCUGAUGAGGUGAAAUGGCUGACUAAUGAGUACGACAAUGCUUACAAUUUACACUUGCCGGCUGAGCUGAAGGAAGAAGCGUUACAAAGAGCAGUGCAUGAUGGGAACAAAGUCGAACUCGCAACAUUCGUCAAGUUUCUCGGAAUGGCAAACCCUUGAAUUUGAUCCUCCCAAGAAUAGAUCGUAAUUGAAUCAUUAUAGUAAUACAAAUGAAAGUAACGGAGCGGAAAUAUCCUAGAAAUAGCCGAAAUAUUCAAAAACUGAUGGAAAUUAGUGAAAGAUAGGUCAGAAUGUAUAUUAGUGCGCAGACAGACUCAAAUCUUAGUCAAUAUCCCAAAUCAGGAUAAGCAUGUUCACUCAGUAAUAUUUAAUGACUUGUCAGAAAAAAAUUGCUAACUGUGUAGCCCUGAUUAUUUUUGCUGGGCAUCGCCAACACCAUCUUCUUAUGAAAACAUUUAAAGUGAUAAGAUAGCUUUAUACAGAAAUGUCUGAAGAAGCACUCCCGCAAAUAAGAAACACUUAAAUAUCCUUUUUAAAGGAAUCACGGACCUGAUGAAAAACUACUCGGAUAACUCUACAGAAUAUUAUUUUUCAUUGCUGUUGUUAUGAUGAAUUUAUAUCUGUUGAAGUGUUUUUUGGGAGUUGGCUAGUUUUAACAUUUUAACUGUGCGUUCUAUUACAUGUAUAUAUUUGUAUCCCAUUCUAUCUGUUGAACUGUGCUCUUGCUGUAGUAUAAAAAGUGUUACUGCUGAUGUCAUUAUAGCAAGACUACUAUUUGCGAGUUUAACAAGUUUGUGAGUUAAGUGAGGGGGUCGAUACGCAAACAUAAGAUAGCAUGAAAGUUACUCAUCUAAUGAUAUAAUCAUCGAAACAUCCAUCCAUUCACAAUUUCAAGUUUGAAAAUAACCUUUUCGCUGAAAUUUAGGGCUGCGAAAAUGGAGGGGGUCACAGUAUUGUUGUUUGUAAAUAGAAUUUCUGUGUAGAGCCAAAAAAUCACAAAAUGAGAGAAAAUAAUCAAAACUUGUUGAUACUAGGUACUUGCAUUGUAUAUUUUGAUAUCUAUUUAUUUGUACUGUUUAUAGUUGUACAUUCUAAUCAUGUUGUUCUAUCGUUGUCUAUUAUUAGCUGUAAAUAUUUCAUAUUCAAUUUUGUCAGGAGGCAAUAACUUUUCAUCGUUUCCUCCUAGCAUUGUUCGUACAAGACAAACAUUUAUGGUGUUUUAUGACAAACCUGUAGUUUAUAAAUGGUGAAUGGUGUAAACAUUACCUAUUGGCGCUGACAUAUCUUUUAGACCAACAAUACUCUGGCUAUUGUUGUGGUAUCGUUCCUUUGUUUACCAAGUUGUUUUCGAAAAUAAAACCAAACUUGUUUUGAAAAUAAUUGAUGCAUAAUUUUAAUAGCAUUUUAAACAUUACAGCACUUGUUCCGGAGCCUUGAUGCUGCACUUUUUCUUGGAUACUAUUAUAUGCUGUGAAGACGUCAGCCAAUUGAUAUCAGCAGAUGUUGCCAAAAGAUUUUACCAAUUAGUAAAAUGUUACUUUAAUUUCUGAUGUUUUGUACAGUUGUAUUUGACAAUUCUAAUGCUUGGUUAACAAUUCCGUCCUGUACAUGUACAUGUACCUGUCUGUGAUAAU